GGCGGCUGUGGCCGCGGCGAGCAGGCCGGACGCCUCGUCGCUGGCGGGGCUUCCCUUGGAGCUGACGAAGGCGGGGUCCGCGGUCCAGGCUGCUGCCGCGUCGGGGCCGGCGGCGGGGCAGCUGCCAGGAACGAGCGUAGCAGGUAAGCGGGGACGCGGGCAGCCGAGUGACGGCCUCAGCGAUCGCCUGGCGGGGCUGGCUGGGGCCAUUCCCGCGCCGGUGCGCCACCUCAGCGCCCGGUCCGGAGGCCUCGAGCCGCCCUCCCCCGCCCGAGCUGGAGGCCGCCGUCCGUCUCGGCCACAGCCUCCCUUUCCGGGGGAGGCGCGCGAGCUCGUCCCGAGGGGCCGCUGUCCUGCGCUCUCGCUCCAGCCGGGCUGUGCGUCGCAGGCACCGGGAAGCUGGCGCCCCCCAGCUCCUCCUGAAGCCGGGAAAGCUCUGGGAGGAGGAGCCGCUGUCACAGGCCUCCAGCUCCGGCCGCCUUGGAAGUCCGGGGUUUUUAUUUGCUUAGACCGCUCUGCCUCCUUCCGGCCUUCGUUUCUUUCCUCGCGCUCCCCGGGACCCUUUUCCAGAGAGCCCGGUUGGGCAUGAGCGCGGUGGGAGACGUCUUUUCCCUUCGGUCUGCUCUGAGCGGUAUCAGCCUGCGCUCUACGCCCUGUGGCCACUCUGUCGGGGUGGAGGGAUGCGGAGAGGAUGUGGGAGUUUUGGACUUAGAGCCAGAAUAGCCGAGGUGAAAUCCUACCCUGCUGUCUGGUAGUGUUUUUCAUCUCAUGCUAGACAUUUCGACCUUUUUACCGCAGCUGCAUCCAGAUCUCAUUAUGCAUCAGAAAAAUGAAAAAACAGAGGAAAAUUCUAUGGAGGAAAGGAAUCCACUUAGCCUUUUCUGAGAAAUGGAAUACUGGGUUUGGAGGCUUUAAGAAGUUUUAUUUUCACCAACACUUGUGCAUUCUGAAAGCUAAGCUGGGAAGGCCAGUUACUUGGAAUAGACAGUUGAGACAUUUCCAGGGUAGAAAGAAAGCUCUUCAAAUCCGGAAAACGUGGAUCAAGGAUGAACCCCUUUGUGCUAAGACCAAGUUCAAUGUGGCUACUCAAAAUGUUAGUACUUUGUCCUCUAAAGUGAAAAGAAAGGACGCUAAACACUUCAUUUCCUCCUCAAAGACUCUCCUGAGACUCCAAGCAGAGAAGCUGUUGUCAUCAGCAAAGAAUUCUGACCAUGAAUACUGCAGAGAGACAAAUCUCUUGAAGGCAGUUACUGACUUUCCAUCAAAUAGUGCUUUAGGUCAGGCCAAUGGUCACAGACCUAGGACAGACCCACAACCUUCUGACUUUCCCAUGAAGUUCAAUGGGGAGAGCCAAAGUCCAGGUGAGAGUGGCACGAUUGUGGUCACCUUGAAUAACCAUAAGAGAAAGGGCUUUUGUUACGGCUGCUGCCAAGGGCCGGAGCACCACAGGAAUGGGGGACCCUUGAUUCCAAAAAAGUUCCAACUUAACCAACAUAGAAGAAUAAAAUUAUCUCCUCUUAUGAUGUAUGAGAAAUUAUCCAUGAUUAGAUUUCGGUACAGGAUUCUCAGAUCCCAGCACUUCAGAACCAAAAGCAAGGUUUGCAAGCUAAGAAAAGCCCAGCGAAGCUGGGUACAGAAAGUCACUGGGGACCAUCAAGAGACCCGUAGGGAGAACGGUGAGGGUGGCAGUUGCAGCCCAUUUCCUUCCCCAGAACCUAAAGACCCUUCUUGUCGGCAUCAGCCGUACUUUCCAGAUAUGGACAGCAGUGCUGUGGUGAAGGGGACGAACUCUCAUGUGCCUGAUUGCCACACUAAAGGAAGCUCUUUCUUGGGCAAGGAGCUUAGUUUAGACGAAGCAUUCCCUGACCAACAGAAUGGCAGUGCCACAAACGCCUGGGACCAGUCAUCCUGUUCUUCUCCUAAGUGGGAGUGUACAGAGCUGAUUCAUGACAUCCCCUUACCAGAACAUCGUUCUAAUACCAUGUUCAUUUCAGAAACUGAAAGAGAAAUUAUGACUCUGGGUCAGGAGAAUCAGACAAGUUCUGUCAAUGAUGACAGAGUAAAACUGUCAGUGUCUGGAGCAGAUACAUCUGUGAGUAGCGUAGAUGGGCCUGUGUCCCAAAAGGCUGUUCAAAAUGAGAACUCAUACCAGAUGGAGGAGGAUGGAUCUCUCAAGCAGAGCAUUCUUAGUUCUGAGUUGCUGGACCACCCUUACUGUAAAAGUCCACUGGAGGCUCCCUUGGUGUGCAGUGGACUCAAACUAGAAAAUCAAGUAGGAGGUGGAAAGAACAGUCAGAAAGCCUCUCCAGUGGAUGAUGAACAGCUGUCAGUCUGUCUUUCUGGAUUCCUAGAUGAGGUUAUGAAGAAGUAUGGCAGUUUGGUUCCACUCAGUGAAAAAGAAGUCCUUGGAAGAUUAAAAGAUGUCUUUAAUGAAGACUUUUCUAAUAGAAAACCAUUUAUCAAUAGGGAAAUAACAAACUAUCGGGCCAGACAUCAAAAAUGUAACUUCCGUAUCUUCUAUAAUAAACACAUGCUGGAUAUGGACGACCUGGCGACUCUGGAUGGUCAGAACUGGCUGAAUGACCAGGUCAUUAAUAUGUAUGGUGAGCUGAUAAUGGAUGCAGUCCCAGACAAAGUUCACUUCUUCAACAGUUUUUUUCAUAGACAGCUGGUAACCAAAGGAUAUAAUGGAGUAAAAAGAUGGACUAAAAAGGUGGAUUUGUUUAAAAAGAGCCUUCUGUUGAUUCCUAUUCACCUGGAAGUCCACUGGUCUCUCAUUACUGUGACACUCUCUAAUCGAAUUAUUUCAUUUUAUGAUUCCCAAGGCAUUCAUUUUAAGUUUUGUGUAGAGAAUAUAAGAAAGUAUUUGCUGACUGAAGCCAGAGAAAAAAAUAGACCUGAAUUUCUUCAGGGUUGGCAGACUGCUGUUACGAAGUGUAUUCCACAACAGAAAAACGACAGUGACUGUGGAGUCUUUGUGCUCCAGUACUGCAAGUGCCUCGCCUUAGAGCAGCCUUUCCAGUUUUCACAAGAAGACAUGCCCCGAGUGCGGAAGAGGAUUUACAAGGAGCUAUGUGAGUGCCGGCUCAUGGACUGAAACUCAGCAGGGACUCUGGGAAGUCUGACCAAGUUGGAGCAGAUGGUUUGUUACUUGAAUCUCCAAACACUUAGUUGAAUUUUUACAGAUAUUUCAGAUCAGUGGUGUUGGGCCACUGUUGUUACCUCAAAUUUAUUUUUUGCCCUUAUUCAUUUCUCCAGCUACCAUGUACUAUUGUUUAAUGUUCAGUUUGGUUUCAUUUUUAAUUUUAUGGUUCUGUGCGUCCCCCAUAUUUAAUAUUUAUUAUUCAAACGCAUGCAUAUAGACAGAGCAUGCAGUGAAGAGUAUUAAAAAAAAAGCUUAGUAGAUUUGGUGCAGCUUUUGAAACUUAGUUAGAUGUGAACUGAAUACAGGUUUCAAAUUUACUCCCAGAACCUAAAAAUGCAAGAUGUUUUUGAUACAACAUAACUCUGAGAAUAGUAAGUGUUCCCUGGGGCAUUAAGGGUAGCUGGGGGUGGUUUUGACAAAUCCAGUCCUGUUUUACUUUACCAGCGGCAACUUUCACCAACUUCCCUCUCCAAGUGAGUCUUAGAGAGUGCAGUCCAUUCCUUUUGAAGGGUGAGAUGGAAGUGGUCGUAAACUGACUGGUGUCUUCUGUUUCUGGAGGCACACUUGUAAGCACAGUGGCUGCUUUGGGAGGAGUAAGGUGUGAGAAAAAGCAACCUUGGAGGCCAGUAACAAUGACAGAUUUCAAUCGUGGUUUUAAGAAUUAUAAUACGUGGCAUACAUCUCAUAAAGGCUUUUGCUGGGAUAUUGAAUUCCCUGAAUUUUUCUGUUUUCGACCUGUUAAAAAAAUCUUAACAUCCAUCAAACUAGUGGUCAAACAAAUGAGAAUGCAGCUGUUCUCAGAGUAAUUUUUAAGUUGUCAUUUCCCUGUGUUGCCUCCCAAUUGGAAGAAGUUAAGGUUUACCAAAUGCAUUUCUAUUUCAAGGGUAUCUGAAAUUUAAACAUUCAGAACUGAAGGCUGACUGACUUGAGAUGUUUUGCAGGUGGCUGGAGAGAAGAGGGAAGGUAAUAGAGACAACUUAGUCCCAUGGGAGCGCAGCAACCGUGUCAGGUUCUUUCUCCUGCCCCAUUAGUGACCUCAGUAACACGCAGGGUACGUCUGGCUUCUGCAUGGCCAGUGCUGACACUAGCACAGCUCUUCUUCUCCUUCUGUUGAACCUCAUCUUCUGAAGAAAGGCCAAGUGGCCCUUGUCCAUACACUUAGCUGCAUUAGGAUGAAUAUCACGCGUCUCACAUCUUUAAUCCAGCCUUUUGUGACAUGUUGGAAAGAUACAUGUGAAACCUACCCAGUUACCCUUUCUGAAUCGGGCGGAAAACCAACCAAUGUAUGUAUGAGAACCUCAGAAGUCUGAAUAGAAAAACAAAGUAAAUGGCAGAAGAUUCUCGAGUUUAUGCCCGCGUAGGUUUGGAGUGUUGAAAAAGCUAAAAUGUUUAGUUUCACUUGGCCCUGAGGUAUGGUUGAGAAGGCUGACUGCCAGCAGUUGAGGAUUGAGUCCGACCAUGUUUACAUGCAGGGUUCCCAACACCAGUGGUGACACUGGGAAGCAGCCCCAGCACUUUCCUCUCCUGAGUCCUCCAGACUCAAAAUCCUUAAUGUCAAACCAGGUCAGGGUUUCUUACUGUGUUUCAAGUUGUUAAAAAGACUGAGAGUAGAGGCACUUUAUGCUGCUAUAGGUGGGGUUCUGUCAGCGUUAGGAAAAAAUGACAGUUUAGGGUAAGGAAGAUCUCAUAAUGAGUUUUUCAAACAUAAUUAUGCAAACAUGAGAUUUUUCAAAACAUGCCAGAAAUUUGCCUCUGAUUUUUUUUUUUUUUUUUUUUUUUUGGUGGGUGUGCGGUAUACCAAAGUAGCCAGUCAGCCAGUCACUGGGCUGUCAGUUCAAAAUGUCUUGUACUUCAGAGUGAGGAAGUGUUUCAGUUCCUCAGUGACAGAACCUGGCAUGCAGAAGAGACAGAAUUGUUCCUGUAAGAAAAUCAACGCCGAGAGAGAGAGCUGCCCAAAUCCAGUGACUCUUACACUUCCAGUCUCAUGCUUCAUAGGGCACCUUGAGGUGUGCUGCCCAGUGUGGCUUAGACUAAAUGUUGAGUUUGGUUUUUUUUGUUUUGUUUUUUUUGAGUCAGAGUCUCACUGUCCCUCAGGCUGGAGUGCAAUGGCGCAAUCUUGCCUCACUGCAACCUCCACCUCCCAGGUUCAAGCGAUUCUCCUGCCUCAGCCUCCCAAGUAGCUGGGAUUACAGGUUGUGUGCCACCACGCCCCACCAAUUUUUGUACUUUUAGUAGAGACAGGGUUUCGCCAUGUUGGCCAGGCUGGUCUUGAACUCCUGACCUCAAGUGAUCUGCCCGCCUGGGCCUCCCAAAGUGCUGGGAUUACAGGCGUGAGCCACCGUGCCUGGCCAAUAUUAAGUAUUUUAAAAGUCAUUUAAAAACAUUUGUCAUUGAUGAAACUUGGUUUCAGCACACGUAAUUGCUUUCCCUCUCUUCUUGUGAUUAGGUGUAAACCUCUAUUUAACUCAAGUCCUAGAUUAGAAUGUCCUUUGUCCUGAUGUUUGCAGUAAUUGCUUCCUUGGUUAAUAAAGAUAUUUUUGAAAUAUACUCUGGACUGUUGGUGAAAGAGGCAGGCAUGGCUUUACUGGUACUAGUUUGGCACUGAACUGUUUGGGUGCCCAUGAGGUAGGCAGACCUUAUGCUUUUUUUUUUUUUGAGACGGAGUCUUGCUCUGUUGCCCAGGCUGGAGUGCAGUGAUGUGAUCUCGGCUCACUGCAACCUGUGCCUCCCAGGUUCAAGCGAUUCUCCUGCCUCAGCCUCCCCAAUAGCUGGGACUACAGGUGUGCGCCACCACUCCCAGCUAAUUUUUGUAUUUUUAGUAGAGACAGGGUUUCGCCAUGUUGGUCAGGCUGGUCUCGGAACUCCUGACCUCAGGUGAUCCACCCGCCUCUGCCUCACAAAGUGCUGGGAUUACAGGCAUGAGCUACCGUGCCUGGCCUAGACCUUAUGCUUUUGAGGUUGACUGCAGGCCUUGUGUUAACUAAGCGCUACUUUUGACGAGCCUUCAACAAGCUGCCCAGUCCUCUCCUCAGCAGACGCAUCAGGUUGUAGUUGCAUCUUUACAGUGGUCUUUCCUUUGAUUAAAUCUAUAGCAGUGAAUAUAGAUUUGAUUCAUCUUUUAGUUACGUUCUCUCAAGAAUCCUAAUCAACUUUUAGUUAGCCUCUUAAGAAAGGGAAAAAAAGGUGCUGCCAGUCAUCCCCAAAUUAUGUUUUUGGCUGUGCAUUCUAUUUUCUACAUAGCACUGAAUCUGAGUAACAGUCAUCCUGGAUUUAUAGUUGGAACAGAACAGUAACAGACCUAACUGGGACUCAGCCAGCACUAGCCUCAUCUUAGCUGCCCCUUUUCUCUGCUUUGCAGUUUACUGCUUCCCUGGGCUAGACGUAACGGGGUUCUGGGCAGGUCAGACUCUUCAGCAAGACAGUGUAUUAAUAGUGUGAAUUAGAUAUACUGAUGACCUGCUCUGCCUAGUUAAGAAACUGAAUUAAUCAGCAGUUACAAAGCACAUACUUUGUUAUGUGCUAGGCUUUGCCUCCUGGCCUCUAGAUAAUUAAGAGGGCCCAGGGAAUACCACCAGAGAAGUGCUAAUUGUAUUUGGGUGUUACAAAAGCAGACCUAGACAAGCUGUUCACUUAACUGGUACCUGUUGGUCAGAAAAAGAAUUUAUUUAGAGAUUAUGAUCAUGUAAAAUUACAGUACUCAACCCUUCUAGCAAAGUAUUUUUUUGAAAAAUAAACUAAAUGCCUUUAUAAA